UACGAUACCGCACUGCAACAAAUGUUACAGACGUAAUGUAACACAAUAAAUUAAUCUAAAAUAUGUAUAAUUAUACUGGAUGGUGUCUUAACAUGAUGUUUUUAGUCUAUUUUGUGUUUGACCCUAUUGCAUUAAUGUGCUCUAUUGGGUCUUAAACUAUUUUUAUUUAUUUAUUUAUAUUAUUAUAUUUAUAUUGGAUGGGUCUCUGUUUUUAAAGAGACUUUAAACAUCAUUAGGAUAUAAACACACACGUGUGCUUCUUAUAGUAAUGAAAGAAUCACAGCAGGUGCCUCCUGCAGACAUAUAAGACCGUGAGCAGGAAACCUGCCUUCUGUUAACGGAAAGGUCAGUGCAUGUGUGGGAGUGACCAUGUACGGGUCUGUGAGUCUCAUGGACUCAUCUCCGAAAUUCUGCAGGCCCAGACCACGCCCGCCGACCUCUUGCUGGGUUAUCUGGAGGAGCUCACUGAAGAAGAGCUGAAGAAGUUAAAAUAUAACCUGAUUCACCUGGUGAAUGAAAAGUAUCAGUGCAUUCCCAGGGGUCAGCUGGAGACAUUGGACAGAAUGGGCAUCGCUGACAAGAUGAUAACUUCCUACGGUGAAGCCGAUGCUCUCAAUGUCAUGCUUGAAAUGCUGAAGAAGAUGAGCUUGAAUAACCUUUUUCAGAAACUGAAUGAAGUCCUGAAGAAGCGUAACCAAGCCGGAAGUGAGCGGGGUGACAUACCAGAGCGGACUCAUCCUACGCCAGGUGUGGCGUUUGUAGACCAACACAGGAAAGCCAUCGUCCAGAGAGUGACACUGAUUGACCCCAUACUGGACGACCUCUAUGAACACAUUGGAGGGGAAAAGUACAAUAACAUACGUGUUGGCAGUACCAGCCAGGAGAGGAUGAGGAAGCUGUAUGAGGUGUUAAACACUGAUAGGCUGAAAGAGCUUUUUUUUGACGCCCUUAAGAAGAACGAAUCUUACCUUGUCAUGGAAUUGCUUGGCUUAUAAUUGGACCAGUUUGUAAAACCCUAUUCCCUGCUCCAAAUCUCCCAGCUUACAGAGUGAUCCUCAGGCAAUACCCUGCGAAAUUGGUUCAUUCGCUCUGCUCUUAAAUCUAAUUGGGCCUUGCUUGUACACAAAUAAGACAGCAUAUACAUUUCCAUUGGUUUAAUAAUUAAAAAAAAAGAACACAGGAACUGACAUGAGUAUUUUGUAAACACUGGCCAAUCCCAAACGUCAUCCAAAUUGUCACUGAAGGAUGUCACUGAACAUUUUUCUCUUCUUCAUUUGAUCAGUCUGUAUCUCCUGCCAUUGAGCUCUCCUCUUCACAAAGUGAGUCAGGGCGAAUUUUGCCCAAACAUGACGGGCAAACUGAUCUGAUCUCAGCAGAGACUCACUGGACCCUGAAAGGGAGACAUGGAGGCGUUUGUUGUAUGACCAGUGCGGCACGGAAGGGUUUUAACCGCUUUUUUGGAUUUCCGUCAAAACAUCAAACAAGACUGCUGCCAUCGACAGACGUGUGAUAAAUCCUUGCUUCAGAUGAACAGAUAAUUACGAAGUUUUAAUCUCCAUGCUAAAUCAGGCUAAUUACUGCUUACAAUAAACAGAGCCUGGACCACUCCCCCAAUGUCCCGUGGGGAGGAUUUACUGUCUUACCCAGCUCCUUUGCAAUGUCCUGCCUCUGACUCACGGUGGCGCUGUUCCAGACAGCCUCCAGGACACGACUCCCAUAGCGGGAGCAAGACAGCUUGACAAACUCACCCUGAAGUCAAAGCAAGGCAAUUAGAGAUUAAACAUUCACUAGAUAUAGCCCCCCUUCCGUGUGACUGGAUUUCAGAUAUUAGAUUGUGUUUAUUAGCUAAAAUGUCGUUUCAUUUUAAUUAGGCAUGUCAAAUUUAUGUCAUAUAUAAUUUUACUUGUAUAUGUCUGUCUUGAUUAAAUGUAUGAGCCAUCAGUUGUAUUGGAUUUUUUAUGCAAUAAAAAUGAAAGCAUUACAAUU